GUACAAUUAAGAAGCAACAGCGGCGUUGUCCGCGUACAUUGUACAGUGCCGUUGUUGUCCUUCACGAUUGUCUUUUCAUUUCUUUCAUUUUAGUUAUUGUUUACUACUAUUAUUGUUACUGUUAACUCCUUUUUAGUUCCCAUUCGGAGCUCCGCGUACGUCCACAACCCCUCUUGAACUUAACCAAUCUCAACUUUGUCACUUUUUUUAGCUUUUUUUGUUUCAGGUGACGACUUUCAAUCGUUUUCUCUUCUGGUUUGCUGUGUUGGCCGCAUAAGAUUCUCUCUCUCCCCCCCCCCCCUUCUCCCCAUGCUUCUCCCCACCAAAAAAAAAGGUUCUUAGCUUCUUUGUCAUAACAUUUUUGAUGUAUCUCAGCUCAUACAAUUUCCUGCUACUGCAGUUGAAACUGGGUACAGUUCCCUUUUCUUUUCUCAUUUCUGCUGUUGUGCCCUCCAUCCCUUCCACUACACCACAAAAGAUAUUUUCCCUGUUCUAGAAGAAACGUAUCUGAAGCAUUUUUUUCGCGCGCAGCUCUGUCCAAGUUCUUUUCUGUUGUUGCUUCGUUUAGUCUCAUCUACGUGAAGGUGGGUGAUGAGCAAUGGGGGUAUCUAUCAGCAGUUCUGAGUACUGUGGCAGUCGGCGGUCUUGCAGAACCUCUCGUAACUCCACCGCAACAGCUACUCAAAAGCUCCCUUCAAAACCGAAGACGGAAUCUUCCACAGCAGUACCUCAUCACGCACAAGAAGCAGCGAGGUUUCCCCUCGUUUUACCGAAGAGCGAAGAAAGCGUCGGCACCUCGUGCGCAUUGUCCUGUACCGUCUCCAUGCAGGGCUCGCCUACCAUCGUCGAUCUGUUGCCGCUCGCCCGUGAGGGGGCGCAGGCAACCGCAGCGUAUUCGCGCUUCUCGCGCCUCCUCUCCGGCUCGCCACACACGACUUUACCCACCUCACAACCUGCGCCGAAGGGGUGCACGACGUCACUGUCGCUGCACAUGUACGCACACCGCGCUGCCACCAGCGUCUCUACCCCUCUGGUCGGCGUCGAUGUGGUGCCGAUUGAAUACGCGUCCCCCCUCCUCGAUGAUCUCUCAACGGAUCUGGACGACUUUGAGCUGGCCUAUUCGCGCGGGGUACAGGACGGUCUCAUCCCAGCUGCCGCUGCCGCUACCGGGUCUUGUAUGAGCCUCCGCAGUGUCAGUCGGAGUCUCUCAGCGUCUGAGGUGGUCUUCGCGGACACCCCGUCCGAUGUGGACGAGACGCUUGCGUUUAUCACGCUGCGGCGGGUGGGCUUUUCCCUGUGUCGCACCUGUGGGUCGAGUCUCUGCUAUCACGCCAAAUUCUGCCCUGAAUGCGGCUGCAGCGUGGAGGAGGUGUUCGGCGACACCCUAGUGACAACUGGUAGCGGCUGCGCGCUGGAAUCAGCGUCGUUUGCCGCAGUGAAAUCUUACCCCAGCAACAACUUGUCUGGUGGAAACUUUAGUGCCACUACGACGACCGCUACCACCACGCGCUCCUCGGACCGAGAAGUGGUGACUACCGCGCUGCAGGAAAGCAACGUCUUCACUCUCCAGCGCCGUAACGCCUUUGUGCGCUACGUGAAGGUGCUGCGCUCGCGUCAAGUGCUUGGUGUCGGUACGAGCGGCACCGUCUACCGUGCCGUCGACACCCGCACGGGUCAGCAGCUCGCCGUGAAGGAGUCUCUCAUCAACCAAAACUCACCCGACGAACUCGCCGCCGUGCGCAACGAACUCCGGCAGCUCGCCCAGCUUCGGCACCCCUACAUCGUGGAGUACUUUGGCUGCCGCGUCGAAGCAGUGGAGAGCGCUAACACCUCGUGCUUUCAGAGCUCACAGAUCUCCUCGCACCCCAGCGCGCUGGAGUCGCGACGGGUUAGUCGACCCAACAACGUGAUUGAUCAGCGGACCACACUGUUUCCACGCUUGAGUUCAAACGCGGCCGCGCAGCGUAAUGAAGUCGUUGAAGCAAAGAGGUUGGUUGCGCUCUCCACGAUUCGCGUGCUGAUCUUGAUGGAGCGGGUGGAGUGUGGGACGCUCAGUCAUCUUCUUGCCGACUUUCCUGGUGGGAUGCCGGAGCAGGCGGUGCGGUGCUUUGCAGCUCAGCUGGUCGAUGCCGUGCGCUACGUCCACGAGUGCGGGCUGUGCCACCGGGACAUUAAACUCGACAACAUCCUCCUCGCCUCUGACGGCACGAUUCGCCUCACCGACUUUGGCUGUGCCGUGCGCGGUGUGAGUGGAUUGACCGGCAACGGGAAACCAAGCAUUGCCGGCACGCCCGCCUAUAUGCCGCCCGAGUCGCUCCACUGUUUGGAGCAGGCGUCCGUUGACUGGACGUUUCAAGGAAAAGCGCAGGACGUGUGGGCGGUGGGCUGCGUGGUGCACCACCUCCUCACUGCUGCGUCGCCGUGGUGUGCGUUGGCAUCGCUCAGCCCCUAUGCGCUGCUCCUCCACAUUCAAUCGCAUGAGUUCCCCGUGAAGACGAAGUCGUCGCUGUCGCUCGAUGCGGUGGACUUUUGCCGCCGCUGCGUCGAGCGUGACCCGCAGCGUCGCAUCACAGCAGCCGAACUUGCGACCCACCCUUUUGUCACCUCGGCUCUCUCAACGUCUUCGCAACGGACUCCGCAAAGUAGCCGAUGUUGA